GUUUUGUUUCGGUGGCAUCGCGUAAUGAAAUGAUUGAUAUUUAUUUUAUUUAUGCAAAUAUCUGUUCGUUGGUUCAGAAGUCUCCCAACCCCUCGGAAAUCACGAAAAUUAUUUUCCCCAAUAUCAGAAUCUUACAUAGAGAGAGAGAGAGAGAUACAUUUCUAUCUCUUGCGCUUCCACUCAGGUCAGCCACAAUCUUUUUCGAUCAUCAAUCAUUUGGGUACUGAGAAGUGAGAACUGUUUAAUUGAUGGCGAAUAAUGUAGCUACUCAUCCAUUGCAAGAAUUAAACGAUGGGAUCAGUUCUUGGAAGGAUAAUGAUGAGGACGAUAGCGAGAAAGCAAGUUUAUUGGAAACGUCUGGUUCUGUAGAGAAGAGUGCACCUAAAGAUGAUCCUGGUGGUUCUUCUGAUCGGCCUAGGGGACUGGACCACUGCAAGAAUGCACCUGUUGGUCUCUACGGAGAUAAGCUAAUUGAUGACAAUGAGAUUAAGUACUCUCGGUCUUUGACUGAGAAAGGCUCACCUGUGAGUCAUAAUUCGAAAUUAGAUAGAUUAUCGGAGCAUGAAAAGCAAAAACUCAUUGUGGAGCUAGUCAGAAUACAAAAUGACGGGACAGUGGAAGUUGAUAUAAAUAGAGGAACUCCAGUAUCGGAGUUAUUGGAGUUUCAGUCAAUCAAAGGGCAGUCCACAAUCACAUAUGAAAAGUCCUUAGCGGAAUCCUUCAGAUCCAUUCCAAGGUUAAAAAUUGUAAUACUUGUGGUGGGAACUCGAGGCGAUGUGCAGCCUUUUCUCUCCAUUGCAAAGCGCCUCCAGGAAUUUGGUCAUCGUGUUAGGUUGGCAACUCAUGCAAAUUUCUCCUCUUUUGUACGGUCUGCUGGAGUAGAGUUCUAUCCCUUGGGUGGUGAUCCCCGAGAAUUAGCUGGGUAUAUGGCGAGAAAUAAAGGUCUUAUUCCUUCUGGGCCUGGAGAAAUAGCAAAGCAGAGAAAACAGCUGAAGGCAAUCAUAGAGUCUCUUCUUCCGGCAUGCACAGAGCCAGAUAUGCAAACAUUUGCCUCUUUCAGAGCUCAAGCAAUAAUUGCAAACCCUCCUGCAUAUGGACAUGUGCAUGUUGCUGAAGCACUUGGAGUACCAAUACAUAUUUUUUUCACAAUGCCUUGGACGCCAACCCAUGAAUUUCCCCACCCUUUGGCCCGUGUUCCUCAAAGUGCUGCGUAUUGGUUGUCAUAUAUAGUUGUUGAUCUGAUGGUAUGGUGGAGCAUAAGGACUUACAUAAAUGAUUUUAGGAAGAGGAAGCUAAACCUUGCACCUAUCGCUUACUUCAGUACAUACCAUGGCUCAAUUUCUCACUUGCCUACUGCUUACAUGUGGAGUCCCCAUGUUGUGCCAAAACCAAGUGACUGGGGUCCUUUAGUAGACGUUGUUGGGUAUUGUUUCAUGAACCUUGGAUCGAAGUACCAACCACAGAAGGAGUUUAUCAACUGGAUAGAAAGAGGAUCACCACCCAUAUAUAUUGGUUUUGGAAGCAUGCCUCUUGAUGAUCCCAAAAAGACAAUGGACAUUAUACUGGAAACACUGAGAGAUACAGAACAAAGAGGGAUAGUUGAUCGAGGUUGGGGUGGCCUUGGAAACCUUGCUGAAGUUCCUGAAAAUGUAUUCCUCUUGGAGGACUGUCCUCACGAUUGGUUGUUUCCUCAAUGUUCAGCUGUGGUAAUCUUUCGAUUUCUUAUGUACUAUCCACCUUCGUCUCUCCGAAGAUAUUAUGUUAUAAAUGAGGCUGUUUCUCGUGUUGUGGAUAUGAAGAUUCAUCACGGCGGUGCUGGAACCACAGCCACUGGACUAAAAGCUGGGUGUCCAACAACGAUUGUGCCGUUCUUUGGGGAUCAAUUCUUCUGGGGUGAGAGGAUCUAUGAGAAGGGACUUGGGCCUGCGCCAAUUCCGAUAGCUCAGCUCAGUGUUGAGAACCUCUGUAACUCCAUAAUAUUUAUGCUUCAACCAGAGGUGAAAUCACGAGUGAUGGAGCUAGCGAAAGUAUUGGAGAACGAGGAUGGUGUAGCUGCAGCAGUUGAUGCAUUCCAUAGGCAUUUGCCACCGGAGUUACCACUGCUCGAGUCCUCGCCUGAAAAAAAGGAUGAAGAUGAUCAACCAGACCUUUUACAGCGGUUCUUCAUCCAGAUUGGGAAAAAGUGUUGCCUUCCAUGUGGGGGAGUGUGAUAUCAAAUGUUAUUUAGAUGCUUUUUAGUUGCAUUGCAACUUCAAUUCAUUUUAUUCAAUGAUAAGGAAUUUGAUUGAUUAAUAUAUAUAUUUUUGCGUCGUUAAAUAAAAU